CCCGGAGAAUCUAAAAAUAGUUAAACACGUGUUCACGAGCCGUGAAAAAAGCACCGCGAGUCGACAAACACGUGGAGUUUCUUUCAGCAAUAUUCUUGAAAGAAAACGGAGAAAAUGACAGAAAAAGAAGUUAAACUAGGACCAGUGGUGAUUGAGGGUAAGACCAAGGUGGUGUACCAGGCGGCGGACGACCCAGAACUGGUGGUGCUACAGUCCAAGGACCGCAUCACGGCGGGGGAUGGGGACCGCUCCCACGACCUGAAAGGGAAGGCUGCGAUCUCCACAGAUACAACAACCGCCAUCUUUGAGUUACUGAAUGCUGCAGGUAUAAAAACUCAUUUUGUGAGGCGCCAGGGAGAGACGGCAUUCAUUGGAUACAAGUGUGAGAUGAUUCCCAUAGAAUGGGUCACAAGGAGGAUUGCAACUGGGUCAUUCCUGAAGAGAAACCAAGGGGUCAAAGAGGGAUUUAGGUUCUGUCCCCCUAAACAAGAGACCUUCUUUAAGGAUGAUGAGAACCACGACCCCCAGUGGUCGUACGAGCAGUGCCUCGCCGCUCAGAUUAAGGUAGGAGGCGUUCUGAUUGGUCGGGAUGAGCUGGACAUCAUGAGCCGGACAACAGUAACGGUGUUUGAAAUCCUGGAGAGGAGCUGGGCUUCAUUGGACUGCAGCUUAAUCGACAUGAAAAUAGAAUUUGGAGUUAAACCCAGCACAGGGGAGAUCCUACUGGCUGAUGUGAUAGACAGUGAUUCUUGGCGUCUGUGGCCAUCAGGAGACAAGCGUCUGAUGAAGGAUAAGCAGGUCUACAGAGAACUAAAGGAAGUGACUGCAGAUGCCCUGGACAUGGUCAAGAGGAACUUUGAAUGGGUGGCUGUUAGGGUCAAGCUGCUGUCCCCCAAACCCCAGGCCAGAGCCGUGGUUCUGAUGGGGUCCUCCUCAGACAUGGCCCAUAGUGAGAAGAUCAGGAUGAACUGCCAGACACUGGGCGUGCCCUGUGAACUGAGGGUGACCUCCGCCCACAAAGGCACUGAGGAGACAAUGAAAAUCCUGGCUGAGUAUGAAGGUGAAGGAAUACCCACUGUGUUUAUAGCAGUUGCAGGCAGAAGUAAUGGUCUGGGUCCAGUUCUCUCAGGAAACGCCACGUGGCCAGUCAUCAACUGUCCCCCUCUGUCCGGGGACUGGGGAUCACAUGACAUCUGGUCAUCUCUCAGGUUACCCUCAGGGCUGGGCUGCAGCACAGUGAUGUUCCCAGAGGGCGCUGCUUUGUGUGCUGCACAGAUUCUCUCCCUUAGUGAUCAUGUCAUCUGGAGUAAGAUCCGGGCCAAGCAACUUAACACCUGGAUUGGUCUCAAAGAAGCAGAUAAAAAGUCCAGGAAUGAUAAGUGAUUCUUGACAAGACAUAAAUUCUUUCACUCAGAACCUUUUUUCCUGUUCAUAUUAUGCAUGAAAUUUCAGGUACAACUCAUGUAGACCAUGUUCAUGCAGAUGAAAAAUAUUAAUCUCAUGUUUCAUUCAGAAGUUUGUAUACAUUAAAGUGCCAUUUGUUAUUUUUUUCAGUCUUUACCAAGUUUAUGUUUCUAAGAUUUGUUUAGGUUUAACAGAGGCAUUAAACUGACAUAUCUUUAAUAAAUGAUACAUACUGAA